ACACCACAGCGCCUCCGAACCCUGCGUCAAAACACCCCAGUAGAAGAGCAGUCGUCUGACCCUCCUGAAUGAGCCUGACAAGAUUAACGCGCCCUCCUGCCUCGGACCGCCUUCCACACUCCAUAUUUCUGCUCAAGUUCAGCAGCUCACACUGGCUCAGCCAGAAGGAGGGUUUUUCUUUUCUUUUUGGUUUUGUGGCUGAGAAUACCAAGGACAGUUUGACAUGAGGGGGGAUGCUCAACAAAGAGGCAUGAAGCCCACAUCGCUGUGGGCUGCCGCUGUGCUGCUCUCAGUCCUCUCUCUGGUGAGCAAUGCUGAUUCACCCAGUUCAGGAAAUUCAGACUUAAGAGAGAGCUCAAAGUCCAAAAUGAAGAACUAUUGGACCGAAAGCAGCAAGGUCUUCUCCAUCAGCCGUCUGCUGUCCCAGACCCUCUAUGGCAAAGAAAACUUCACCUCUCUGGCUCUGAACUAUGAUGAGCCAGACGCCUUCUCUAAACAAGAGCAGUGGAACUGGCUUUACAAUGCUUCAAACCCCCGCGACCCUCGAUCCCGGACAAAGAGGAGGCCCAUCGUCAAGACUGGCAAGUUCAAGAAGAUGUUUGGUUGGGGCGACUUCCAUUCCAACAUUAAGACGGUGAAGCUCAACCUUCUCAUUACUGGUAAGAUCGUGGAUCACGGCAACGGCACAUUCAGCGUCUACUUCCGCCAUAAUUCAACAGGUCAGGGUAACGUGUCCGUAGGACUGGUUCCUCCGACCAAAGCUGUGGAGUUCCAGGUCCACCAGCAGUACCACCACCACCACCCCCAGCAGCAGCAGACAGCCCUGGAGGCCAAGGACACCAAGCUCUUCAACUGCAGGGUGGAGUACGAGAAGGUGGAGAAGGGCACCAGGAACUCACUGUGUGCCCAUGACCCAUCACAGAGCUGUCCACAAGAGCAGACCCAAAGCCACGUGUCCUGGCUGUGCUCCAAGCCCUUCAAAGUCAUUUGCAUCUUCAUCACCUUCUACAGCACUGACUACAAGCUGGUGCAGAAGGUGUGUCCAGACUACAACUACCACAGUGACACCCCCUACCUCCCCACCGGGUGAUCAUAUGACCAGAUCCUGAAGAGGAAAAAAAAA